UGCUAUCCGCCUAUUAUCAUCAAACAGGUUGAAUAUCGACCUGGGCGAGAACUGAAUUAUCAAACAUCUUUAAGCACGAGGCGCCUAGCACGCCGUUCAACGCGCCAAGAUGCUUGCAGUCCCAGGACCCCCGGAUUCCCUUCGCCAGCUAUGCCCUCAUUGCGAACACUCGUUCAGUCUACGAUACCUGCAUGAGCACCUAGAAACAAGUCACUUGGGCGUUAAAUGCUAUUUCCCAGGCUCCAACCUAGUUCUCCUUGUAGAAGAUGAUUUCACAAUGACCCAAGAGCUGUCCCACGCUAACCUACGCAACGGCGGUGGGCAUAGGGAUGGUGAAUAUUGGUGUCACUGGCCAAACUGCAACUCAUCCAAUACUCCCCAUUCCUACAAGAACGAUUCCAACUUAAAGCGCCAUCUUCGCAUGAAGCAGAAAAGGAUAUAUCGAUACAAUCUCAACGUUGUUCAGCCUGCUGGUCCUGCUGCAGUCCCCGGCCCAGUUGCAACCGCAGUCCCCGUCCCGGUCCCUGUUCCGGUCCCUGCCCCUGCGGCCAUGCCCGUCCCCAACUCCGAGCCUGAGCCUGAGCCCGAGCCCGCCCCGCCGGCUUAUCCUCUACAUGACCAAGCCGUGAUCGACGAAGCGGUGCUUCAGGUACGCCUAGCAAUGGCACGACGAGAGGCCAAGUACGAGUGUUUUCGAUCUAUGAUCAUGCCACAGGAGCCACAGGACGCCACCCAAACAAUGACUCCAGAUCAACGCACGAUGUUUCGCAUAGAGAUCAAGGAGGUCAACGACGCUGUCGACGAAGCUCUCCUUAGGAUCUUCAGCAUUGUUGGCCACGGCCCUAACGGCAACCUCCAGGAGCUUUGGGACACCUAUCCGAGUAUACUUUAUGACGUACAGCUCAAGAUGAAGUUCUGGCUUAACCACUUCACCGUGUUCGAUGAUCAAGUGCAGGAGUGGAACAGCUACCUUCGCCAGCACACUAAGUUCCAGUCGAUUGUUGACAAGAUCCUUGACGAGGUCAAGAAAAUACCUUGCCAAUCGGUGCACCAGCCCGUCAAGAUUGAGGAGCCUGAGUUGAAGAUUGAAGAAAAUGAGUGAUUCUUCUGCUGUCUCGGUGUCUCAACUACUAUUUCCUCCCCUUUGGUUUGCCAAUAUUUGCAGGACGGUUGACAAUAGGGAAAAGUGCGGUUGUCUAAUAGUGCGGCUUGCGAAUUAUCCGGAUGAACCUUUUGCAGGACGGGAUGUCCAUCAUUGCAGUCGACAGCAUGUCUUUGGCAAGCUAUAUGUACAUUGCAUUUGAUUUUGCGUUUGAUUUUCAACAAAGCCUGAGAAGCUUCUUCAUGUCAUCCAUUUCUGGAGACCUCAUGUAUCAUAGUGCAAUCGUGGAAAACCUGGCUCGUGAGAAAAGAAAAAAAGGUCUUGAUAUCCAACCUGUGAAUUACAUCCCCCGUGAUGUUUCAAUAUCGGUGAUUUCAUAGGCAGGCUAGCUAGCUUACUAUAGAUUAAGUCUGAUGGACAGUAUGAA